AAAGUAUGAUUUGACAUUUCAUAUUAUAUGUUCGACCAUAAAGUAAAGAAAAGAACAGAAAAGACACAGUGAAUUGGAUGAAAUCAACUUGAGGAAUUAUUGCAUAUAUCUACCAUUGUAUAUCAGAAUGUGUAAGAAACAAUCAGUAGAAUGUCAGUACAAAUGGUUGAAGAGAUUUUUAAUUGUGUCUAAUUCAUUAAAUUUGGUAUUUGGUACAUGUUUAAUUGUUAUGGGCAGUUAUGUACAUCUAUUUCUGAGUACAUUUUUACGUAAUAUGCCAGUUCAUAUGUUAUCAUUGACAUUUAUCAUGAUGGCACUUGGAUGUCUUCUGUUCUCACUUGGUAGUAUUGGUAUAUUAUUCGUUUUAACUGGACGUCGAAGAAUUAAUGCACUUGUAAAGUUGAAUGCUGUUGUGAACUAAUACUAAUUUUGUUAUUUAUUUAUGAUUACAGUAUACAGUACUGUUGAUAGUGGCUGCAUCAAUCAGUAUCAUUGUUAUUGUAACGACAUCCAUUUUGCGUAAAAGGUAAUGGUUUUAAUCAAGUAAAUGUUUCCUACUCAUAUUAUAAACAUUUGUUUAAUACGGUUUGUUCAAUACUUAGAUGGGUAUGAUGUUUCGAGAUAUCAUCAAAUAUUCUAUCAACCAGUAUACUAGGAAAAAUAGUUAUGCAGCAUUUGUGAACACAAUACAAUUGCAGCAUAAAUGUUGUGGUGCAAAUUCAGUCAUGGAUUAUACUGUGAGUAAUCUCUCAGUACCAGUUUCAUGUUAUCCUGACAAAGCCAUAAUACCGCAUAAAAAAGGUUGUGCGAAAAUGCUUAACGCGAUCGUCCAAUGUCAUUUAACUUACAUCACUUCAUUACUGGUCGUGUUUUUACCGAUGGGAAUAGCCUCAAUGGUUUGUGGUAUACUUAUGCUACACAAAGUGAAAUUUGUCCCAUGGAAAACAAGAUUUGCUCAUUGUUGAUAGCUUCAAUAAUAUCGUUUAAUUGAUAAUUUGACAUUUAUACUAUUGUAAUGAACCGACAAUGAGAAUGUAACAUUGUUUGAGCAUCUUCGAUGUAACUGUGAAACACUGUCAGUUGGUUUUGUCGAUAUCAUUUUACAUUUGUGGCAACUCUUAUACAAUCAAAUUCGAUUGUCGUUAAAUUUUGUUAAGCGCUUUCAUUAGCUUAACUAACAGACAAUGUUAUUCGAACAGUAACAAUUCGUUUAUUUCUUUGUACUAUUAUGACCAGUAUCUUGUCUGUAUAAACGAGUGCGCUUGUUCACAUGAUAGCCAUGCAUAUACUUCUCUGGCUAAAAUGUUGAUGGCUCAAAUAUUGCUCGAUGAAUCAUUCUGUUCCCCAUGUCCUCGAAUCCUAUUAUUAGCCUUUGAAUUGCCUAGCUGGGCCUUAUUCAAUUUGACUAUAAUUCACCUCUGUAUUUGCUCGCAUACACACAUUCGCCUUUCUGCUUUAAAUUCACUCGAUGAUCUUGUAGCUUUGUGAUCUGUGCUAUCCGCUAAUAAACGGUAUUCGCCGCUUCUUAUUGCCUUCUGACUUCAGACACCGUUGACAUUUACACAAUAACGGUUAUCAAGGUGAUUGAUUAACGAAGAUAUGCCACUUCAUAUUCUUCAUAUUCCGGUAUUCAUUAGAAAUUCUUCUAGGCAAAAACCAUAAACAGAUCCAGCUUUUGUAUAAAUUUAGAAUUCUCUGUGAUCGUUACGGAUUAUAACUGAACAGAUGGUUUUAUUAUCAUUCUAUUUGAUACAAUGAUUGGAGAUAUUAGAGUUCGUUAUCCACUUAUCACUAUCUACGUUAGACUAAUUUUUCAAUGGUUUUCUGUACAGUAAGAGUAAAUGAAAAAUGUUUAUUAUUUCUGUUAUUAAAUAAAAGAGGCAGGAAGUAUGGCCACAUUACCUAGCCUUACUUUGUCUUGGAUUUCUGUAUGCAACUCAUUAAAAAUCCUGAAAUUUGAUUCAUUAGUUCCAGUAUAAGGGUUGUGUCACUUUGAAUAAACGUUUUUCUUUUUCAUUCUCUUCUAAACAAUAGAAAAUGAUAACUCAAUAGAUGUUAGAAAAUGAAACACAUUUUUCCGAACCCUCUUACACUCUCUUCGUAUUUGUACUAUAAAGAACUAAAUACAUGACAAAUGCAGUAUUUGCAAUACCGUAUUGAUGGCACUUAUGUCUAUUAUCACCGUCUUGUUUACAAUAACGUUUCAUAACCCAAUAAUAAUACCAUCUGUUUUUCCGUGAUUUGUGGAAACUCAUAAUUAAUGUCAUUUACUCAUACA